AACGCUAUGAUCACUAUAUCUUGUUCCAAUCAAGUCUUUGUUACAAAAUAAAAAUCUUGUUCCAAAUGGCUUCCCUUCCUGUUAUUAACGUGUCUGUAAAAGACUUGAACUCUGAUUCGAGCUCAUGGGCGAAAACAUGCGAUGAAGUUGUUCGUGCACUUGAAGAAUACGGCUGUUUCAUAGCCAUAUAUGAUGGUGUCUCUUCACAACUUCACGAUGCAAUAUUCGCUGCAUCUCAGGAACUACUAGAUCUUCCCUAUGAGGUCAAAAUCCUAAACACUUCAGAUGGAGCGGGUCAUGGUUAUUUUGGCCAAUCCCCCAAGAAUCCUGGUUUCGAAAGAUUAACCAUUGAAAAAGCAACCACUAAAGAAGGAGUUGAAGCAUUUGCAAAACUCAUGUGGCCCUCAGGAAAUGACACAUUCAGUGAAACUGCAUCAACGUUCGUACAUGCUGUAGCACAACUAGAGGAGAUAGUGAUGAGAAUGGUGGCGAAAAGUUAUGGAAUAGAGCAACACUACGAGCCGUUCCUUGCAUCUACGGAUUACAUUCUUAAAUUCAAUAAAUACGAAAGCCCUAAGGGGGACGAGCCAAGGUUAGGUCUCUUUCCUCACACGGACAAAAGUUUCAUAACCAUACUCCAUCAAAAAGAACAAGGAAAGGGUCUCGAGAUAAAGACGAAGGACCAGAAAUGGGUUGAAGUUGAUCUUUCACCCUCGGGUUUUGUGUUCAUGGCCGGUGAUGUUUGCACGGCAUGGACAAAUGGACGGAUGGAGGCACCGGUCCAUAGGGUGAUGAUGGAAGGGAAAAAAGACAGAUUUUCGAUGGUGGUGUCGUCGUAUAUCCGGGACCUCGAGAUACAGGCACCUCAAGAACUGGUUGAUGAAGAACACCCUGUGCAGUAUAAGCCAUUUGAGCACUACAAGUAUAUAGAUUUCCAUACCUACCAAAAUAGUAGAAAACUGAGAAACCCCCUCAAACACUAUUGUGGUGUUUGAUGGAAUUUCUCUCGUUUAUCAUUCUAUAUUGCGUUUGUUGUAUUUGGUUAUGUGUUUCAUAACCGUGUGUAUUGUAUUGGCUUUGUGUUUCAUUAUUGUGUGCAUGACUAUGUAUUUCGAAUAAUGUGUGUGUGGGUGCACCAUAACGUGUAUUAUUUAUGAAAUGAUCAAAUUCAGUGUGUUUGUGUUUGAGUCCA